UUGACACUAACCACUGUGUUGUCUGGCUUCGCCAAAGACAAAUUUCAAGAAUGUGUCGUCCAUCCAUCAAACCAAAUGUAAUCAACGGUGAAAUGUCAUUUGUUGCGACGUUGUUUUGUGGUCGAAGCUUUCCGCGUCGUGUGGAUGAAUUGCUGUUUUAAACCAAUUCGAUUUGAGCGUUAUUUAGUUUUCGGUCUUUUCCUGCGCGUUCCGAGUGUUAUUUCCUGGAAAUUUCGAAAUGGUUGCGGUGGAAACCGACGUGGAGAUGAAAAGUGCCGACAGCCCCGCCGGUUUGGAAGCGGGCGACACCAAAAGGGACACGGACCUGCAGAGUUUCCUCGAGAUUCGCGAGCAGGCGAAGCAAAUCGAGAAAGCGGUCGUGAGCAAAGAGAACCGUUUCAUCCUGCGCGUUCUCAGGUGUUUGCCGAACACGCGACGUAAACUGAACGGCGUAGUGCUAAGGAGUCUAAUUGCUCAAAUAUAUCCGCCAGCUGAACGGGAAGUGUUGUUGGCUUUCGUGGAAGAGCCGGCCGGGGAAAUCGACAGUACGCAAACGCGGACGAGGUCCGCCAACAAAACGCCACUGCCGGAGGUGGACGCCUAUAUCCACCUCCUCAUAUUGGUUCGUUUAAUCGAUACGAAUAAGUUGGAAGACGGGGUUAGAUGCUCCCAGGCGCUGAUGAAUAAAAUCGUUAGUCAGAACAGGCGUUCUAUAGAUUUGGUCGCAGCCAAAUGUUAUUUCUAUCACUCCCGAGUGGCCGAGCUGACGGGCAAGCUCGACUCAAUACGGUCAUUCUUGCACGCGCGUCUUCGAACCGCAACGCUGCGGAACGACUUCGAGGGUCAAGCCGUGCUGAUAAACUGCAUGUUGAGGAAUUAUUUGCACUAUUCUCUGUACGACCAGGCGGAUAAAUUAGUAAGCAAAUGCGUUUUCCCCGAGACCGCGAGCAACAACGAGUGGGCGCGAUUCUUGUAUUACUUGGGACGCAUCAAAGCCGCACGUCUCGAAUACAGUUUGGCGUACAAGCACCUAGUGCAGGCUAUGAGGAAGGCGCCGCAAAAUACCGCCGUAGGCUUCCGUCAGACGGUUCAAAAGCUCUUGGUGGUUGUGGAAUUGUUGCUCGGCGACAUACCCGAGAGGCAGAUAUUUAGACAAGCGAGCAUGCGACAUUCGUUGGCCCCGUAUUUUCAACUGACUCAAGCGGUAAGAAUGGGAAACUUGCAUCGUUUCGGUGAAGUGUUGGAGAACUUUGGACCCCAGUUUCGGCAAGACCACACUUACACUCUGAUACUGAGGUUACGUCACAACGUUAUCAAGACCGCCCUCCGUGCUAUAGGCCUGUCCUACUCUAGAAUUUCGCCCCAGGAUAUAGCGAAAAAGCUGGGUCUGGAUUCGGCCGAAGACGCGGAGUUUAUUGUCGCCAAAGCGAUACGCGACGGCGUAAUAGAAGCGACUUUGGACCCCGAAGGUGGGUACAUGCGCAGCAAGGAAAGUACCGACAUUUACUGCACGAAAGAGCCCCAGAUGGCUUUCCACCAGAGGAUCUCGUUUUGCUUGGACCUGCACAACCAGAGCGUGAAGGCUAUGCGGUAUCCGCCGAAAGCCUACGGGAAGGAGUUGGAAAGCGCGGAAGAAAGACGGGAAAGGGAACAACAGGAUCUGGAAUUGGCGAAGGAGAUGGCAGAGGAAGACGACGACGGAUUUCCCUAAAUAGUUGCUUAGGAAAUAGUGUAUGCUACUGUUUCUUCAUUCAUUUAAUAAAUAUUUAUCCCGA